AGCCCCGAUGGUGAUCGUGAGUGAUGGCAAGAGGAUUUAGCCUCGGCAUUAACUUGGAGCUGAGUGCAGGGGGGCAGUGAAGCGCCCGCCAUCUGGCCCGCGCCGCGCCGGGGGGAUGCCCCGGCUCCCCGACGAGCCGCUGCGAAGCCCACCUGGGCCGGGGGCUGCCCGGCGCCGGAGCGCGGGUCCUCCCCGGGCCGCCCAGGGGGGCCAAAAAGUUUGCACUUGUUAGCGGCGACCUCCCGCUCCGCCCGGGCGGGCGAUGCGGGCGGCGCGGGCGGCCCCCUCCCCCGGCCCGCGUCUCCGGGACGGCUGCGGGCGGCCCCCCCGGCGGCCGGAGGGCUCCCCGGCCCCGAUCUGACGGCGGCGGCGGCCACAGCGGCGGGAGCUGCGCGGGGAAGGAGCAGCGGCUCGCAGCCCUCGGCCCGCGCCCCCACCCAGCGCCAGCCCGAGGGGGGAGGCGCAGCGCCGGAGGGUGGCGGUCCUCGGCCCUCCCGGGUCUCCGCGCCGGGAAGCCGCUCCAAGCCGGGGUGUUGUUGCUAAUGAGCUCUCUCUCUCCUCCCCUCUUACAAUGAAAGACAAGCCAGACCCCAGGUACCUGGAUGGAUUGAGAGCUGAGAUCUCAGAAACUUCAUAAUAAGUUGCCGACGGCUACCAGCCAAGGCUGGAGGGUUGUUUUGCAGUUGUGUUGAGCACGUCACCCAUUAAGAGCCCUUUAAAGACCUGGAUUGAUUGGAAGGACAAAAAUUAAAAGCAAUCUGAUCCGGCCUCAUGCAGGAUCCCUGCGGAUUUUCUCCUUAUCCCAUUUCCAUCCACUGUCACAAUUUGAGAGUCUGCCUGAUUUGAUCAGAUUCACCUCCAGGGGAGGUGUGAUGACAAGGUUAGGAGGACGUGAAGUUGUGGGCAACUUUCUGAUCUGUCCGUCAGCAGUCUGAGAAACGCUGGCUCUGAAUUUUCCGUAUCGGCCUUUUGGAAGCAACAAGUUCCUCGCUGUUCGCAAAGCUUCAAUGCUUGGGUCCCUGGGACACCCGGCCACCCUCGCCUGGUAGAUGUGGCAUUUCCAUGCUGAGGCCACAAGUCCCGCCUGACCCCGUCGCUGCCUCUCCAGGGCUUCUCUGGGCCGCGCCCCUGCGGACUGCGCAGCCAUGCUGCACCUGCUGGCGCUCUUCCUGCACUGCCUCCCUCUGGCCUCUGGGGACUACGACAUCUGCAAAUCCUGGGUGACCACAGAUGAGGGCCCCACCUGGGAGUUCUAUGCCUGCCAGCCCAAGGUGAUGCGCUUGAAGGACUACGUCAAGGUGAAGGUGGAACCCUCGGGCAUCACAUGCGGAGACCCCCCUGAGAGGUUCUGCUCCCAUGAGAAUCCCUACCUGUGCAGCAACGAGUGUGACGCCUCCAACCCGGACCUGGCCCACCCGCCUAGGCUCAUGUUCGACAAGGAAGAGGAGGGCCUGGCCACCUACUGGCAGAGCAUCACCUGGAGCCGCUACCCCAGCCCGCUGGAAGCCAACAUCACCCUUUCGUGGAACAAGACCGUGGAGCUGACCGAUGACGUAGUGAUGACCUUCGAGUACGGCCGGCCCACGGUCAUGGUCCUGGAGAAGUCCCUGGACAACGGGCGCACGUGGCAGCCCUACCAGUUCUACGCCGAGGACUGCAUGGAGGCCUUUGGCAUGUCCGCCCGCCGGGCCCGGGACAUGUCGUCCUCCAGCGCCCACCGCGUGCUCUGCACCGAGGAGUACUCGCGCUGGGCGGGCUCCAAGAAGGAGAAGCACGUGCGCUUCGAGGUGCGGGACCGCUUCGCCAUCUUUGCCGGCCCCGAUCUGCGCAACAUGGACAACCUCUACACGCGGCUGGAGAGCGCCAAGGGCCUCAAGGAGUUCUUCACCCUCACUGACCUGCGCAUGCGGUUGCUGCGCCCGGCGCUGGGCGGCACCUACGUGCAGCGGGAGAACCUCUACAAGUACUUCUACGCCAUCUCCAACAUCGAGGUCAUUGGCAGGUGCAAGUGCAACCUGCACGCCAACCUGUGCUCCAUGCGCGAGGGCAGCCUGCAGUGCGAGUGCGAGCACAACACCACCGGGCCCGACUGUGGCAAGUGCAAGAAGAAUUUCCGCACCCGGUCCUGGCGGGCCGGCUCCUACCUGCCGCUGCCCCACGGCUCUCCCAACGCCUGUGCUGCUGCAGGUUCCUUUGGCAGCAUCAGCAGGUCCCAGAAAGACCCCGGCCCCAAAGGCCCUGUGGCCACUGCGGCCACCACAGCCAUGACAGGGGCCCCCACUGUUCCUGUCCCCUCCACGUCCACUGCCUGGGCCCCCACGGCUCCCAGCACCCCACAGCCCACAGGUGGGUGCCAGGGUACAGUGACCCCUGCCAUCCCACCCUCUGCUGCUUCUAGCCUGGGUCCCCGCCUCUUUUGGGGUGGGGGGGUCGGCAGCCCCGUGCGGGAGAGCAGGAGCUUGGCUCUUAGAAUAGAGACGCUAGAACCCUAGAGCUGGGAGGCCACAGGCCAAAGGGGCUUCCAGGUCACCUGGGUCAACCUGUUCCUGAGCCCAACCAGGGGAUUCAAGGGUCAGUUCAGCUUCCGAAAUCGUCUUCCUCCUGCCCUUCAAGCCAUUGCCUAGAAGGUCUCCCAGACCAGUGUGGCCAGACAGCUGCAGGAACUGGGAGGAAAGGUGCUGGGGGCAGCAAAGCCAUCCUGACAUGCAGCCGAAGACCGGCCUUGUCUCCCAGUGGUGCUUCUGCCUCCACGGUGGCUGGAGCCCCGCCCACACCCUGCCCCCACCUGGCCCCCAGGGCCUCUCUGUCCUUAACCCCUCAGCAGCGCGCCGGUGCGAUGGAUGGAGCAGGGUUAGCCCAGAAAGCAGAUGUCUCUGAUCAGCGGGCAGAGGUAGCCUGUGGAGUUGGGUUUGGCUGCUGGGAAUGUGGGGGCUGCGUGUGUAGUGCAAGGCCAGGCCAGGGCCAGACGUCCUGCCCCCUCAGGGGUCUGCCACAGACAAGCAUGGAAACCUGGUUCUCACUCCCCUCCAAAGGAGGGAUUCACAUACAUUCAAGGCUGGUGGUGCUGGGGUGGGCCUCUGCUCUCACCUGCACUCACCUUGGGAGUGUCCCUGGACUCUGCACACUGCAGGUGUCAGGGGUCUGAAAGGAUUUUUCAUUCCCAGAGGGCUCAGGAAGACAAUGACCAAGGGGAAUUCUUCCUGGUCCCAGCCGGGGAGGGGUGCUCCAAUAACCUGCCAUAUCCUGUCCCCCACCACCCUGCAGGGAGGACCUGGUGGGGACUCCUGACCCCUUGGGUAGUGCCCUGGCCCUCCCUCUCUCUGAUCCAAGAGGACCUGCCCCACUGCUCCUUCCCCCUGGAGGGGUGGCAUUUCUAAAGGGCAGAGUCCUCUCCAUCAGCUCCUGCCUUGGAGUGUUGCUGGGUGGGCACUCAGGCUCCCCAGGCGCGGGCAAAUGCUGAGAGAGAGACUUCCUCCUUCCUAGGCCAUCCAGAGCGGCUCCCCAGGGGGCGGCAUACCCCACUUCUUUCUACAUCCUUCCUUUUCUGCAGGAGGCAUUUACAGGAGGCGGGUAGCCAAAAGAUUGGAGGAUUUCAGGGAAGCCUCCUGACCCAGGAAUCCUCCUUGGAGUGGAGGACGUGGGUCACUCUGAGAAUUCUGGACUUCAGACAUAGGUUGGCCCAGCCACAGGGGACCUGUGCUUGGCUACUGAGCCUGUGGUGGGCAGACAGAAGCAGAAACAGUGAUGGUGGGUGCUGUGCCUGCCUCCAAACAGUGGUCUGGCUGGGAGGCCAGAUACUCUCCAUAUCACAUGUGCAAGUGUACACGUGCACACACACAUGCAUGCACACACACACGCAUGCACACACGUACACACACAUGCACACACACGUGCGCGCACACACACGCACACACAGAGGAACCUUGAAUCCAUUUGCGGAGCUGCUUCUGACUUGGUGCCAGGGCAGCUGUGGGAGGCUGGGCAGAUUGUGCAAAGUUGGGAAUUAAAGAGGAAAAGUCAGAGGCCGGAGUGGGGCCUCUAAUGUGGGGGAGGCGAGGGUCCCCAGGAUCCCCUCGGUGAGCAGAAGGCACACCCUCCCUCUUGGCAAGACAGUGUUGCUCUGCACCCUCAGCCCUGUGUCAAGAAGCAGGACAUUAAGGGAGGAGGUGGCUCCAAUGUGACAGUCAGUGGCCCCCACAGCCCACAUCUAGGGGCUCCUCCCUCCUUUUCAGCAACCGAAGCCCCUGUCCAGAGCCCCCAUUGAUAAAAACGAUCAUUGCAGUUGCUGAGGGUGAGUUCUCCCGGGCUAAAGGCUGUGCUCCUAUCAUCGUAUCAUUAUAUUCUGGGGUCACAGCUCUGUGAGAUGGAGGCUGUUAUUUUCCUAGUUCCACAGGUGAGGGGAUCAAGGCUUAGGAAGAAGCAGCUGGAUUUUGUGAUAUGUAAAUUAUACCUCA